GUCAGUUUUUCAUUGGUUGAGUCGAAGAAUGCAGCGCACCGACUUGGAAGGCUUGAUUUUUAUUGAAAAACCUCUCUUACAACAAAUAUCACUCAAAAUUUAAUAAGCUUUACACUAAUUGUUUACUACAGAUGUAGCAAGCUCUGAAAGCGAAAGUAGAUGUCAAGAAAUUGAUUUAUCAAAUUUUAAAUGACAUGCGGACCGGAAGUCGUAAAUUUUGCCUAUAGUGAAGACAAGCUUGAUUGAAAUUUCAAAUCCCACUGAUCUCUUCACCAAAAUGGAAGCACUGAGGUCUUGGUGGGAAGUUCCAAGUAUUGCUCAUUUCUGUUCAUUAUUUAGAGCAGCAUUUGAUCUCCCAGAUUUUGACAUAGAGGAUUUAGAGAACUGUUUAUAUGCCUUCUGUGAAGAUCAAGAAAGUCCAUUUAUAAUAGACUUAAUUUGCAGACUACUUAGAGGAUGCUAUAGCAGAAAAGAUAUUGAAUCAUACAAUUAUGAAGUUUACUUGAAAGACAUAUUUAAAUAUCGAGCUGCUACUGAAGAAAAACAAACCAAUCCAUUCGUGAAUUCCGAUUUCAAGUCUUUAGAUCUGAGAACUAAGGUUGAAGUACUCCAUCAGUUGUGUGAUUAUCGUCUAGAUGCUGUAGAUGUUAUGGACCAACUCAAGGGAUUGGAAGGUGAUAACAUGCGUGUUUCACCAUUGGGAUCAGAGGAUAGUGGUGCCACCUAUUGGUAUUUCUAUGGAAACAGACUGUACAAGGAAGAUCCAGAACCAGUUAUUGAGGAAGAAAAGCCUAAAAAGAAAAAGAAAAAAGAAAAGGAAAGUAACAAACAAGAGAAAUCCAAAGGGAAGAAAGGGAAAGCCCAGAAAAAGAAGACAGAGGAAACCCCCCGUUCUAGAAAAGGAAGAAUAUUGUCGAAAAAGAGACAUUUUGAAUCGAGUGAAAGUGAAAUAGAAGAAGCUGAGGAGAGCAGCAGUGAAGAAAAGUAUGUUACCCCAGCAAAACAACAAAAAUCUUCAUCUAAAGGGAGACAAUCAAGGUCAACAAGAAAAUCUAAGACUGCCGAAAAAAUUGAAGAGGAACCAAAAGAUUUGGGAACUAGAAGAUCCAGUAGAAGGUUGUCUGCCCUUAGCACACCUGUGAGAGAGAAGAAAACCAAAGGUGGUAGAAAAAACUCUACAGUAAAUGGGAAUUUAACAGAUGAAGAUAGUGAUGAUGACUGGAAUACACCUUUAUCCAAAACAAUGGAGAAAACACCAACCUCAUCUAUAGGGCGUCUGAGAAAAGGUAGACAGACUUCUGUUGAGAGUUCUGAGCGUGAAGCAGAAGAGACUGAAACAAAACCAAAAAAGAGAGGAAAACCCAGGAAUUCUGUAAAGAUUACACCAGAUUCCUCAGUUAAUGGUGAUGCUGAAGACCAGAACUUAGAUGAUAUGAUUGAUGAAGACAUUGAUAUGAGGUUUAAUAAGAUGAAGGGCAAGAUCAGAGGUCAAGGUAGCAGCCGUCAGGGUUCAAGGAGAAAUAGCCUAGAGAACAAAGAAACAUUGGAAGCUGACAAUAAAAAAGAUGAUGAAAAGAAAGAGGCAACAGAAAUAAAAGAAGAAACUAAUGGAAUAGAAGAACCAAUGGAAACAGAUGACCCUCAAGGAAAUGAGGUUAAAGUUGAAGUCGUUGAUAAUGCAGCAGAUAUGAAAGAUGUUGAACUUAUUAAUACUAAAGCUGAAAUAAAAACUGAUGCAAAUGAAACUGACUCAAAAGUUGACACUGAUAACCAUCUGUCAACAGAUAAACAGGAGUCAAGGGAAGACGAUACCCAGCCUGAUAUAAAAUCAGAACAAGAAAAGAAAGAUACUGACAUUUCUGUGACAAAUACUAAUAAUAACCAUGACAGUCAAUCACAAGAAAGUGGAAUUAAAGAGGAAUUAAAAAAUGAAAUUAAAACAGAUUCUACUGAAGUGAAGGAAGAAAAUUCAAAUAUGACUUGUGAUGAAAAUGAAUUAAAUGUUACUGAUUCUAAUGCACAUGACAGUGAAGUGAAAUUUGAGGACAAACCACCACCUAAACCGUUAUAUCAUAACCCACGAUGGCACCUUGUGUGUUGUACCCUGGAGGAAUGGACAGCAUUGUCUGAAUCUUUGAAGGAUAGUACGACAAAGAAUGGAAAAGACUUGUUUAAAUGCAUUGUCAAUGAUUUCUUGCCAGAAAUGCCAGCCAUUUUGGAAGCCAGGGAGAGAGACAAGAGAAAACGUCAGGCAGAAAUGGCUCCUAGGCGUGUGUCAGCAAGAAUAACUAUGAAGAUGAGAGAGUUCCUGGAACAGGAAAGAAUAUUGGAAGAAGCUCAUCAGUUGGAAGAACAAACAAGGAAAGAAGAGGAGGAAGAAAGAGAAAAACUGAAGGAAAUAGAGCGUCAGGAGGAAGAAAGGAGAUUGAGAGAAGAAAGGCAAAAAGCUAGAGAAGAGAGACAGAACCGUUUACUGCAGAGAGAACAACGAGCUGCUCUGCUGGCUAUGGGUAAAGAGAUUCCACCAGAACUUAUGUACACAGGAAAUUCCUCGAACAGUAAAUACAUAGAUGAUGACAGAGUAGAAUUGGACAGAGAAACUUUAGAUGAUAUGGAAAAAAUGAUGGAAGAAAUUAAGUCCCAUAAGGAUUCCUGGCCUUUCCUGGACCCAGUUGAGGAAGAAAUUGCUCCAGGAUAUCAUGAAAUUAUAAAAAAACCCAUGGACCUGUCAACAAUUGAGAAAAAGCUGACAAGUGGGGGAUAUAGGACGACAAAAAAAUUUGUUGCAGACUUUAAUCUGAUGAUAAACAAUUGUUUCCAGUUCAGUGGGGCUGACAGUGAACUGGGAAGAAUGGCAACCAGAUUGAGAAAAUACAUUAACAAAUGUAUCAAGAUUUAUAUAGACAAAACUGAUGAAGAUCAAGAUGAUGAAGAUUUCCAUGGCAGCAUUGCAGUACAGACAGAGAGAAAAUGGCGUCCUCGUAGAGCAGCAACAUCUAGAGCCUUAGAUACAAUUAAAGGGGCAUUUGAUGAUGACAAGUUUGAGGAACUCACUUCUACUCCUGGGCAUGAAUAUGCUUCUAGCUCGCGAAAGAAAAGACUGAUUCCUGAAUUAUCAGCUGAUUCACCUUCAAAGCAGGUCAUUAAUGGAGAACGCAUUAUCAAAAACCCUGAUACAAAAACUAAUUCUGCCUCACGUGUGUGGUCAGAAUCAACAGAAACAACCAAAGAAACCAAAAUAUUAACAGUGAAUGGGAAAACAUUUGUGUACAAGUUUAAUACUUCACCUAUGAAUACAAAGAAGAAAAUCAUUGAGAAACCAGCUUAUAGUAUAUCAGAAUCACCGGAGAAAACAACAACUAUUGAAUUACCAACUGUGACUUAUAGUGGUAUGAAUACACUAAAUACAGCCCCUAAAUUAUUAGUGAGACCUCCGUCUGUUGGAGGAGCUAUUUUGCCAGUAUCAUCAAUGCCUGUCUCCUCACCUUCAAGUAUAGCCACAGUCAAUACUCCUACAGGUCCAAAAAUCAUACGGAUUAUGUCCCCUAACAUGGGCCAGGGCAAAUCAACUGUACAACCAACAGUGCCAACAAGUACACCACUGAAGGCAAUUCGUAUAUCAGAUGGUAUGCUUCUGUUGGAUGGUAAACCAACUGGGAUUCAUAUAUCUGGAAAAACAAAAAUAAUCUAUAGAGGGGCAGUAUCAAGUAGUCAAACUUCUACGACAGAACAAAAUGCUAUCAUGGUAACAAGUGGCCAAGUAAAUCCAACAGGAACUACUAAUCCAGCCGUCAGAUCAAAUUCUCAUGUAGUUGGUCAGGUUAUAACACCUGCCCUUACUGGACAAAACAAUAGUCUGUUAUCAACAGGACAGGUCAGUGGACUGUCUACAAUGCAAGCUUCUGCACAACCUAUUACACUUGCAAAAGCAUCACCUGUCAUGAUCAACCAGCCGCUGGUUCAAAGUACAGUACAAUCAACAGGACAACAGAUAAGUCUUAUUACACAACCUGUUAUAGCCGCAAGUUCAGUAACUCCAGCAAUUAAAACAGUGCAACCAUCUUCAUUACUUAAAUCUGUUCAUGGACAAAUUUCCAGUGUAUGUGAUGGAAGUUUAAUUACAAAGUCUAUAGGGCCAAAAGCUACAACCUCGGUUACUAGUUUAUGUCAGACAUUUUCUUUAUCAUCUCCUGUUUUAUCCAAUCAAAAUUCACCAUUUCCUCCACACACAAAUACUGUUGUAAAAUCUAGUCCUGUGCAUGUUAGUACUAACCAAGACAUAGUCACAGGAAAAAUACCAAAUAUUUCUGUUUUAGAACAUAAGACUAAUCAAUCCCAGGUUUCUGUGUUGCAGACAGAGGUCAUAAAAAAAUGUGAAGAAUCUCUAAUGGGACCACCAUUACUGGUUCCACCAAAAAGAAAACUGUCUGGAAGUCCAGAAAACAAAUCAAUUCUGCCACCAAAACUACUACAUGUGAUAGGGCAUUCUCCUUCUAAUAAUGUUAUUGAAAAUUGUGAUAAAUCUGAAAGUUGUGUUUCACCACCCAAUAUAACAUUCAUGGGAUCCUCUGAUUCAACAGAUAAGGCAGACAAUUUGUGUUGUGAUAAUGACAAUUCAGUCGGUGCUUCUGAGGACAACAAAUCUCAAAAUAUGGUCAAUAGUGCCAGUGCUAGUGAUAUAUUUCCACCAUAUAAAAUUGCACAUUCAAAUUCACCAGAUAAAGGCAAUCUAUUUGAAAUCUUAAAAACAAAUUUAACUGAAUCUUCAAAACCAGUAGAAAGCUCAAAUUCACAGGAUUCAUGUGAUUCUGGGUUAUCAAAAGGCAUGAUGGACAAAGUUUCAACAUUUGCUGCUAGUUUACAGUCAAAAACUCUGUCUGGUCAACUGAAUAUUCCAUCUCACUUACUGCAGAAAUCACCAACGAAAGAUGACCAGCUUAUAACAGAAUUGAUUGAAGAUUCCAGCAUUGUUCCUGUUAGUCAAACAAACUCUCAAAGUUCUGUAGAAGGUCAUCAUGAGUCUCCCAGUAUAUGAUUACAUUGUAAAGUACAAAAUUUAUCUCUGAACAAGAAAGGGAAUCUAUCAUGAUGGAUUUAGAUACUGUGAUAACUACACGUCUAGCAUAUCUUUCCAAAAAUUACUUUUAUGUCAUACUCUGAUGUCACAAAUAUGAGGAAAUGUUUGAAAUAUUUUUUAUGUAAAACAAACACAAACCAUAUUGAUAAAUGUAAAAUUGAGUACAAUAAUGUCAGUUAGAGGACCAAUGAUGGAAACUGUUUGACACUGAGUCAACCAUGUGGUAUUAUAAAUAUCCCAUAUUUAAACACAAAUAGAUUGAUAAAUUGUACCGUACAUGUGAUAUAGGGUGUGUGUAAAGUUCUUGAGAUUUACCACAGAUAACUUCAUCAGUUAAUGAAUUACUGGUUACAAGAAGUAUUUCAAAGGUAGCUUUAAGCUAUUUUAUAUAAAAAAAAAAAGAACUUUUCUGGGUUCUUAGGUUAAGUUUUUCCUAAAUUCUAUAGGUAAAGCUUAAAUUUUCAUAUUUAAAAUGUUAUUUGUGUUAAAAUGAAUCCUAAUUUUUCUUAUUUUUUUUUUUUUAUUUUUAGGGGGGAGUUGUUUUGCUUUCCUCUUUGUUUUUCUUUGACAUUUGAUUAUUAUUAUUACUUUGAAUAAACUUUUUAUUUUAACAUUCUCUACAAGAUUGCAUAAAACAUUAGUAUCAUUAAAAAAAAUUCAUUUUGCAUGUUUUAACUUAAAUUAUUAAGAGAGAGAUGUUCAUAUGAACUAUAAUGUGAUAUAUGGCAUUACUGGAUAAAUUUAUUUGAAUAGUAGAUUACAGUCUGAUUAAAAUACAGACCUUGUGUCUACACUUCGCUUACAAGAAUCUGAUAAUAUUCCGUUUUACUUUCUGUUCAGGUAAUUAUGACUUCAUCCAAUGAAAUUUCAGCCUUUUGAAGUUGUGAAUCAUUACAACAAACCCAGAGAAUCCAGAAAGGUCUUUACAAUAGAAAGUAACUUGAGCAUUGUAAAUCCUUGUACACAAAGUGUGAACACAGGAUCUGUAUUCUAAUAAGAUUGAGUAUAUUUUACAUUUUGCAGCAUUUUUAUUCCCAUCUAAUUCCUGAUAUUCAGAAGAUCCAGAAAAACCAUUAUGGUAAACUGCUUUUUAUUUCAAUAUAACAUUAAUCAUUUAAACAAUUCACACUUAAAAAAGACCAUUUUUGUUAUUUUUUAUUGAAUGCUGUAAAAUUGUAUAGAGAAAAACAUGAUUUGUGUGUUUUGUAUGUUAAGAAUGAAUUAUUUCUUUUGAUAUGAAGAAUAUACUUGUAUAAAUAAACAUUUUAUUGGUA